CCCGGCUCCCGGGAAAAGCCGGUGGGUCUGCGCUCCGAGGUGUGCCCGCCCGCCCGCGCGUGUUGGCGGCUGAGGCGGAGGGCGCGGGGCUGUCCAAGUUCCCAUUUGGUCGCCGUUUGCCCUGCGACAUCUACUGGCACGCUGUCUCGUUUCACGACAAUGCCAUUUAUUCUGGCCAGGUCAACAAAUUUCCAGGCAUGACCGAAAUGGUGCGGAAGGUCAACCUGAGUCGUGCCAUGCGGACAAUGCAGGAGCUCUUCCCGGAGGAGUACAACUUCUACCCCCGUUCCUGGAUCCUCCCGGACGAGUUUGCCAUCUUUCUCACCGAGGUAAACCUAAUGAAAGAGAGCAACCCCAGGUGGAGGCCCACCUUCAUAGUGAAGCCCGACGGAGGUUGCCAGGGGGACGGCAUUUACCUCAUUAAGGAUCCCACCGAGAUCCGGAUGAUGGCGAACCUGCAGAGCAGGCCAGCGGUGGUCCAGGAGUACAUGUCCAAGCCGUUCCUGAUCGACAAGCUGAAGUUCGACAUCCGUCUGUACGUCCUGCUGAAGUCGCUGGAUCCCCUGGAGGUCUACAUCGCCAAGGACGGGCUCUGCCGGUUCUGCACCGAGCCCUACCAGGAACCGGCUCUGAGGAACCUACACCAGGUGUACAUGCACCUGACCAACUAUUCGCUCAACAUCCACAGCGGGAACUUUGUCCACUCGGACAGCGGCAACACCGGGAGCAAGCGGAUGUUUUCCAGCAUCCUCGACAAGCUGUCGUCCGGCGGCAUUGACAUCCGGAAGGUCUGGUCUGAUAUCAUUUCACUGGUCGUCAAGACCGUGAUCGCCAUCGUCCCCGAGCUGAAGGUGUUCUACCAGUCUGAUAUUCCCGCUGGGAAGCCGGGGCCUUCUUGCUUUCAGAUUUUAGGGUUUGACAUCCUGCUGAUGAAGAAUCUGAAGCCGAUAUUGCUGGAAGUCAAUGCCAACCCCAGUAUGAAAAUUGAACACGAGCGGGAGGUUUCUCCAGGAGUUAUAGAAUACAUUCCCAGCCCUGUGGAUGAAGAAGUCAAAGUUGCCAUCAUCCGCGAUACCCUUCGCUUAGUGGAUCCUCACAAGAAGAAGAAGGAGCAGGUGGCCCAGGCUUCGGCCGAACCGGCAGAACUCGCGGCCCAGGACAGGGACAGCUUGUUCGAAGAGGGGCUGGAGAGCAAGCCGGAGGAAGCGCCCGAAGCCGGGCCCCCCGCCCUAUGCCUGAAGCAGGUGUUCCCCAAGUACGCCAAGCAGUUCAGCUACCUGCGGCUGGUGGAACGCAUUGCCGCUCUCUUCAUCCGCUUCCUGGGGGUGAAGGGGACCACCAAGCUGGGGCCCACCGGCUUCCGGAUGUUUAUAAGGAACAGCAAGAUAAGCAACAGCGGCUUCAGCAUGGCUGCGGGGGAUAUCCUUUACAUCGACAUCACCCGCCGGGGGAUCGGGCCCAGCAUGGACCAGCGAGAUGCUGGGAUGAGCCUGCAGGCCUUCGUGGAGGCCGUGUGCUUCCUCGCCCAGCGGAGGUACAAGUCCCUCUCGCUGCACGAGCAGGUGGAGCUGCUCCUGGACUUCUGCGAAUGCAACUUGGCCACGCUGGACGAGAAACGCCUGGCCUGCAGCCGGGGCGUCCCCGAACGGCAGGCCACGCUGGUCACCUGCCCACAAGAUCAGCUGCAGCUCAGCCCCACCACGCCCGGGGCGGCUCCGUUCCACAGAACCGCGGCCCAUAAGUUUGUGGACUGCAGGAGCUCCCAGCCCUGAAGAGGACGUGUUUCGCCGGGUCGACGUGAAGGUCUUGCCGGCCUGUGCCACAGGAGGGGAAGCGGUGCCAAGCCUUCCCCCAUCAGAGUUGGCAUUUUUGACGCAGCGAUGCCCCUCAGGCCAACUCCUGGUGGCACAGCGCUCCUCCCUCUGUCGGCCGGAGGGCUGCUUCCGGCAUUUGUCAGAACUGAGGAACGAGCCGGUCCUUGGAUCGAAAGGAGUCCUCUCCGGCGACCGGCUGCGCAGGGCCUCGCCCGGGUCUCUGUGGGCCGGUGGAAAGUUUGUUGGGCCAAGAGGUUGAUGGUGCACCGAGAGGUAGAAAUGGUGGGGAGUGUGGGUUAUGGAGAACUAAAGUCCUAUUUAUGUAUUCCAGCUGCUUUGUGAGCGUUGUCUUCAUUGGAGGGAGCUACGGAGGAGCAGCAGCGUGGGGGUGCUCGCGGUGCAUGAAGGGGCCAGUCCCCCAAUCCAGAUGCGGAGCUGCUACUUGCCUUGGCACAGCAGCUGGAUUUCCAGCCCCUUUGGUCUUGCUGCAAGCAGGGCUCUCUGCCCCUGCCUCCGACAGCUCCGGAGCCCUGCGGGCC